UCAGUUUCCUCUUUUUCUUUGUUUUUGUUUUUUUAAUAUUCGAUGUGAAAACAAAUUUAUUAAUUACUGAAUUUUUAUGUUUGAUUGGAAAAUAUUCUCCCUGUAUGGCAGUUGAUUAUUCUGCCCUUUAAAUUAAAAUAGUUUUAUGGUGAAUAUACGAAUUCAAAAUAUUAGUAAACUACUUGCUAUUUCAGUCUAAGUAAUAUUGUUGAAGAGAUGGCCGACACCUCACUGAAUGAUGAUGUUGAUGCUCGUGGGAUAUUUGGGAAAACAAAAGCUCAUGGUGCGAGUGGAUCUGUAAUUGGUUCACUUGAUAGUGAAGAUUAUUCCAUGAAAUAUGGCAAAAUAGGGAAAUGUUUAAUUUUCAACCAUAAAAUAUUUGAACCUCAGACUCGUUUAAAUGUAAGAAAUGGUACAGAUGCCGAUGCUGCUCGUUUGUAUUGUCGUUUCAGAGAACUUGGCUUUGAUGUGACUUUAUUCACUGAUUUAAAAUGUAAAGAAGUUGAAAGAGAACUAUCAAAAGUUGGGAAAGAGGAUCAUUCAAAUUAUAGCUGUUUUGUAUGCUGUAUUUUGAGUCAUGGAGAACAAGGCAUUUUGUAUGGUUCUGAUGGUCACUAUAAAACGGAGCAUGUUUUUUCACCUUUUCGGGGUGAUGCAUGUCCUUCAUUAGCUGGGAAACCAAAAAUAUUUUUUAUUCAGGCUUGCCAAGGAGAUAGGCUAGAUAGUGGAGUAAAUGUAAAAGAGAAAGAAUCUGCUGAUUCAGGAGAUGAAAAACGUAUUUUAAGAAUCCCUACUCAUGCUGAUUUCUUGAUUGUUUAUUCUACAGUUGCUGGAUUCUAUUCGUGGAGAAAUACUACUAAUGGUUCCUGGUUUGUCCAGUCACUUUGUGCCACGCUACAAAAAUAUGCUUAUGAUGUUGAUUUGCUUCAGCUGCUGACAAUUGUUAACCGCAGAGUGGCUUAUGACUUUGAAAGUUUUACACCUCAUGAUGCUGAUAUGCAUUUAAAGAAACAAGUGCCAUGUAUUACUUCUACUUUAACUAAGAAUAUAAGAUUUUCUCCUCCUUAAUUAAACAAUUAUUUACUACUUAAAAUAUCAAUAUAAAGGAUUUUUGAUCAGAACAAUUUUUUAAUGUAUAUUUUCAUCUAUUUAUUUAGAUGUAUAAUUUAUUGUUUUAACAUUUAUAUAAUCUACUAUGAAAAGGAACUUUAAUACAUUUUCUUAUCUAAUUUUUUUUUGUAUGUAUCUUUUUUAUUGCUAUUUGGAAAUGUUGGUGCAGCAUUUUGUGCAAACAUUUAAUAGCAAAGAACUUUUUCAAAUGAUUAAAAAAAUUUUUACAUUUUGAUGAAAUUCUGUAUCAAUUAAUUCAUCAUCUUUUGAUUAAGAGGAUGAAUAUAGAUUUGUUUUUUUUAUACAUGCUGAAGAUAAAGCUGUUUAUUAUCUAUUCUGAUAUAUUUAUGCUAAAAUAAAAUAACUUAAAUAAAUAAAUUAAAAUAAAUAUAUGUUUAAAAACUCUUAAAAUUUACAUUUUUUGUGUGUUUCCUGUUACCAAUUUGUUUUGAAAUUUUUUGUUUGUAAUUCUUUAGAAGUAAAUUGAAUUUUUUAAUUACAUCUCAACAAAGGAUUACUCUAUUUUUGCAAAUAAUUUUUUUUUAAUAAUUUAAGAGCUGCACAAACAUUGUGAUGUAUUUACUUUAAAAAAAAAAAAAUUAUAGUGAUAAUUAUUUUCUUUUUGAGAAAGAAUCCUGCUGUAUUAUAGCAGAUUAUUUUACCAUUUUAAAGCAACUAUAAGAAACUAUUUUAUAUCUGAAAUAUAUAUGUAUUUUUGAAAGAAAUUAUUUGUAGGCAAUCAUACAAUUGUAUGUUUUUGCAAAAAUAUAUCAACAGCUGUUGAUAGAAAUGAAGCCCACCAUUUUGCUUGUGUUAAUUUUUAUUGUUUGAGAAAAAAAAUAUUUGUGUUUCAAAUAAUGUACAUUAUCUGAUGCAAAAUUAAUAAUUAUUUUGCAUUAAUCAUUUUUAUUAUGAAAAUAGGAUAUAUAAAUUUAAUAAAACUUGUUAAUAUUAGUAACUUUA